ACAAAAAACAAAUCAGAAAUCAGAAGUAGCCAAAGCAAUGUACUCCUUCCAUGUUGAUAAUGAUAAGGUGAGAAUCUGAGAUAUAGAACAAGUGGGGAAUUGACUUCUGACAUUAGAGAAAGAAUUUCUCCUAAUUAGCAGACGUAAGAAAACCACAGAGAAUGAGAAAUGAAGAUGUUGCUCUGUUCGAGAGCAAGGGAGUUAGCAAAAGCAUGUUGUUGUGCAGGAGAGCUUUUGCAGGAUCGACGUCGUUGGCUAUACUUUCGGUUUGGUUGUAUAGAUGUUUUUACUUUGUCUAUGAUUAUCAAAGUCAUGCUCAUGCACUUGUGUGGAUUGGCAUGUUUGCCGCGGAGGUUUGGUUUGGUCUCUGCUGGCUGCUAACUCAGGCCUCACGCUGGAAUCUUAUCUAUCGCCGCACUUUUAAGGACAAGCUCUCCUACAGGCACGAGAAAGAGUUGCCUGGAAUUGACAUAUUUGGGUGCACAGCUGAUCCGACAAUUGAGCCACCAAUCAUGGUGAUCAACACUGUUUUAUCAGUCAUGGCUUAUGAUUACCCAUCCGAGAAACUCUCUGUCUAUCUUUCAGAUGAUGGAGGCUCUGACAUUACCUUCUACGUGCUCACACUAGCCUCAACCUUUGCUAAACAUUGGAUACCUUACUGCAAGAAGUAUAAACUCGAAACACCUUGUCCUGCAGCUUAUUUUAGCAACUCUGCACCACCUACACCGGCUUCUGAAGACUGGGCCUCCAUCAGGGAACUAUACGAAGAAAUGAAGAACCGAAUUCAAAGUGUGACAGAACUUGGUGGGAUUUCUAAGGAGUUACGUCUGGAGCACAAUGGAUUCACCGGAUGGGAGUCCUUUUCGUCUCCCCGGGACCAUGACACCAUACUUCAUAUAUUAAUCGGAGUGAGCAGUAGUAGAGAGGUGAAGGGCGUUGACGGGUGUGCAUUGCCUAAUCUGAUAUACUUGGCAAGGGAGAAGAGACCUCAGCAUCCCCAUAACUUUAAAGCUGGGGCCAUAAAUUCAUUGAUAAGGGUAUCAGAACAGAUGAGUAAUGGACCUGUCAUACUAACUCUAGACUGUGAUAUGUAUUCUAAUAGCACUCGAUCAUUAAGGGAUGCUCUUUGUUUUUUUAUGGAUGAGGAAAAGGGGUAUGAGAUUGCUUUUGUGCAGUUCCCUCAGAGUUUUGAAAAUGUUACAAGGAAUGAUAUUUAUGGUAGUUCCUUGAGAACAGAUAUGGAGGUGGAUUUCCAUGGUAUGGAUGGUUUUGGGGGUUCUAUGUACAUUGGAACUGGCUGCUUCCACAGAAGAGAUACUCUUUGUGGCAGAGUUUUCAGCAAGAGCCAACGCGAUAGGGGAUUUUGGAGAAAAGGGAAUGACAAUCAAUAUUUUAUUGAAACUGCUUAUGAUUUAGAAGAAAGACUGAAGGAUCUAGCAAGUUGUACAUUUGAAAAGGAUACUCAAUGGGGAACUGAGAUGGGAUUGAAAUAUGGGUGCGCGGUGGAAGAUGUGAUCACCGGACUCUCAAUCCAGUGCAACGGAUGGAAAUCAGUAUACUACAAUCCAGAAAGAAAAGGGUUCUUGGGUCUAGCUCCCACCAGCCUGCAUCCAACUCUGGUACAGCAUAAGAGAUGGUCUGAGGGUGAUCUACAGAUCUUGCUAUCAAAGUACAAUCCAGCAUCAUAUGGUUUCAGAAGGAUUCAUCCUGGCCUCAUAAUGGGAUACUAUGUGUACAUACUCUGGGCUCCUAGUAGCUUGCCAACACUCUAUUACUGCAUCAUCCCCUCCCUCCACCUCCUAAUUGGCAAUUCUUUGUUUCCUCAGAUAUCCAGCCUGUGGAUUAUUCCAUAUGCAUACAUAAUUUUCUCUGCAUACGCGUAUAGUUUGGCUGAGUUCCUCUGGUCGGGUGGCACUUUCCUAGCCUGGUGGAAUGACCAAAGAAUGUGGCUGUACAAGAGGACUAGCUCCUACUUUUUCGCCCUUGUCGACACCAUAAGUAGGCUGGUGAAAUAUUCAAGCACAACAUUUACGAUCACAUCAAAAGUGGCUGAUCAAGAUGCAUACCAGAGAUAUGAGCAAGAUAUCAUGGACUUCGAAACUCCUUCACCUAUGAUUACCAUAUUAGUAACACUUGCUAUGCUUAAUCUCUUUUGUCUUGCUGGGUUGGCAAAGCAACUUUUGGUGGAUUUUAGCAGGACUCUCGAAACAAUGAUUCUGCAGAUCAUUCAAAAUUUCUUCCUGGUUGUGAUUAAUUUACCAUUAUACGAGGCACUUUUCGAACGGAAGGACAAAGGCAAGGUACCAAGUUCUGUCACAGUAAAAUCAGUUUUCUUGGCUUUGCUUGCUUGUGCUUGCUUUACAUUCUUGCAUUAGUCUAGAGAUUUUUAUUGAUUUUCUAUUUUUGGUUACUUGUAAAUUGUAAUCAAAGCAAACAUUGUUAAAUUCACCCAUGGGGGAUCCUUAUUAUUUCA